AUAGCACAAAUGGAACAUUUGUUAAUGGAAGAAAAUUGAAGAAGAACAAAGUGAGUGUGCUAUUUUCAGACUUAAUUUUAUCUGCCAUGACUGUUCGUCCAAGUAGUAAAGUGUAUCAUGUGUUGUAGAAAUUGGAACUCCAUCACGCAGAACAAAUACAACUUGUGAAAAGACAAAAUCAGCCAAAUGAAGGUAUCAUAUACAGUAUACUGUAAAAACUCGUAUAAAACGUCAUUUCCAGGUCCAUGAGUGGAGAAAGCAUUUUACUUUCUUGUGUAUUUCUUUGAAAAAACUUUUGUGAAUAAUCAAGUAUAAUGCUUGUGAUGCCUCUCUGAGUAUGUAUCCAUACCGGGCAAGCUUGAAAAAUAUGCCUGGCCACGGAACCCAACAAUCAUGAUUUUUCUGUAUUGGUAUACUGUAGUGUACUCAGGUGAAUAUGAUGCUUGUGAUGCCACUCUGAGUGUGUAUCCACACCGGGCAAGCUUGAAAAAUAUGCUUGGCCAACGGUGGAAAUCGAACCUACAACCUUUGGAAUACCAGCCCAAUGCUCUGCCAACUGAGCUACGCGGUCAGGUCGGUUCGAGUAAGCUUGCCCGGUGUGGAUAUGCACUCAGACUUGCCCGGUGCGAUACACUUUCAAGCUUGCCCGGUGUGGAUACACAUUCAGUGUGGCAUCACAAGCAUCAUAUUCACCUGAGUACACUAUACCAAUACAGAAAAAUAAUCAAGUAUAACUCAACACUUAGACACUGCAACUGUGUAUAACACUAUAACAAGUUGUCAAACUGAACGUCAUGCUAUAUUCUAAUUGAUUUCAGUGCACUGAGAAUCUUGGUAAUAGUUUUAGGAAUAUAACAUGAAACUAAUUUAGAUAACAUGCAUCAGGAGCUCUCCUCCGAAGAGGGGGUUUUGAAAAGUUAAUGUAAAGAAAAACGCCGCGGACCCGUUGAGAGAGGAACGCUGGAGCGAAACAAAGACGUUCCCCACUCUUUCUUUGGAAUUUCGUGUUAGGAACACAUAAUAGUAUGAUAGUUAAUGUCGGAAACCUCUGCGGAGGAGAGAGCAUCAGAAGUCAGAUUCCAAGGUAGAUUUACAGAUGUCAAAAAAGGGUACUAUACUGCGGGUGGGGCAAUGCUCUUUUUCUUCGGGAAAUAUUUUCUGGGAACUCAAAACAUUUUCUACGAUCAAUGGUCCUGUGGUCCAAUAUUUUUUCCACUCCUGGCCAGGUCAGUCAUUCAGGUCAGCAAAAAUUUAAAAUAUAACCAUGCUACUCUAUUCUUUUCUAAGAUAUUGUGUUCACAUAUCAAGAUCUAAGACAACUCCAGGAAGAGGAGUAUAAUUUGCUGGAAAGUACAGAGGAAUACAGUGGAACAGGUAUAUGAUUUGAGACCUCUUCAAGGAAGUUAUGUUUCUACCACGGAUAUAACUGAAAAUUGCAUGUUUUCAGAACCAUUUACAGUACAUGCUCGAAAAAGGAAGUAGUUACCGAUAAAAAUUGCACAUAAAAAUUGUUACAGUUGUAAAAUUACUUCACGAUUUUUGUAACUACUGUAGUUAGUUAAAACGUUACGUAUUUACAUCUGCAAGUUUUAAUAAUUAAAUUACUGUAAAGAAUGCGGUGAUAACUCAGCCUCAAGACGGCAAAUAGGCAGAUGAGUUAUUGUUUAACGACCACAUCAACAUAAUAAAAGUUGAUAGAAACAAGCUUUCGUUGGUAGGGAUGCAAGUACCUGAAAAUAAUCAAAAUAUACAAGGAGAAUUUCGACGUUUCGAGCGAAGGCCCUCCGUCUGGAGUUACUGGCCUUCGAAUAUCCUUCGUCUAGAGUUACUAGCCUUCGAAUGUCCUUCGUCUGGAGUUACUAGCCUUCGAAUGUCCUUCGUCUGGAGUUACUAGCCUUCGAAUGUCCUUCGUCUGGAGUUACUAGCCUUCGAAUGUCCUUCGUCUGGAGUUACUAGCCUUCGAAUGUCCUUCGUCUGGAGUUACUAGCCUUCGAAUGUCUUUCGUCUGGAGUUACUAGCCUUCGAAUGUCUUUCGUCUGGAGUUACUAGCCUUCGAAUGUCUUUCGUCUGGAGUUACUAGCCUUCGAAUGUCUUUCGUCUGGAGUUACUAGCCUUCGAAUGUCUUUCGUCUGGAGUUACUGGCCUUCGAAGACACAAGCUUUCGUUGGUAGGGAUGCAACUACCUGAAAAUAUAUAAGGAGAAUUUCGACUUUUUGAGUGAAGGCCCUCCGUCUGGAGUUACUGGCCUUCGAAUGUCCUUCGUCUGGAGUUACUAACCUUCGAAUGCCCUUCGUCUGGAGUUACUGGCCUUCGAAUGUCCUUCGUCUGGAGUUACUGGCCUUCGAAUGUCCUCGUUCCGGAGUUACUGGCCUUCGAAGGUCCUUCGUCUGGAGUUAUAUACGAAGGACCUUCGCUCCUUGCAUCCCUGCCAACGAAAGUGUGUUCAUUUGAUUGGCACUACCUACACAGGCACAUGUAGACAGUUCAAGUUGAUAGCAGAAACAAUUUUGAAAAUAGCAAACACUUUAUUUUAACCUGAAAAUGUAAUAAACGACAAAAAUAACGUAAACGUUGAUCUGGAAAUUGAAGCAAAUUACAGGAAUUGAACUCAAGUUGCAGAGCUGGUUGUCGCAUGCACUAGCCGUGGUAUCGCUGACACACCUAUACUUACCUCCAUAGACGGAUUUUCUGGGGGGGGGUGCAGGGGGGUGCUACCCCCCAAUAUUAGCUAUAACCCCCCUAAACAAAAUGUCCACCCCUCCAAAAAAAAAUUCAACUCCCCCCCCAAUAUAUAAUAAAUAAAUACUUAAAUAUUCCACUCCAACGUGCAGAGUGUUGAUGAUACAAAAUAAACGUAGGAGUACACUCGAACAGAAAAAGACAGUGCAACAGUAAUUGCUCGUCACUUGCAUUCACUGGUUUAUUGGAGUAAUUGUAAAGUUUUGAAACUCUAUUAUCUGCCCUGAAUAGAGUUUGCAGUGCCUUGUCAUGCGAAUAGCUUGCACGCAAGAAACGUUUGGAAUUUUUACGAACAUUUUUUUUAGGUUUUAAUUCUUUUAGGAAAUAGACUUGCCUAGAUUUAAUCUUUACGCCCUAAAUAUUAUUUACAUCGAAGUCAGGAGACUGUUUAAUGCGAAUAAUUAUCACGUUCAUUGCAUUGGUUGCGUGAUGACGUUUCUACUUUCUAGGCAGGUUGUUGACGUUGCUACACUGUUGUUUGUACAAUAGCAACCUAAUUAUCAUCAUAUAAAGUGUAUUGCACUAGUGCCACCUGCGCAAGCUGAUAACGCGCAAAUAUGAAUAUUUAAGAAAGAAUUCGAUACUGUAGAUCAUAAAAUACUACUACAUAAAUUACAUCUUUAUGGGAUAAAAGGAAUUGCUCUGCAUUGGUUCAGAUCUUACUUAUCAAACAGAAAGCAAUAUUGUCGGGUAAACGAUCACCUUUCCCACCCACUGGAAAUGGUCUGCGGUAUAUCUCAAGGGUCCAUACUUGGACCACUAUUGUUUCUUAUAUACGUUAACGACCUUCGAAAUUGCUUAAAACAUACAAGAUGCAAUAUGUUCGCUGAUGAUACACAAAUUGAUACAUCUAGCAAUAAUAUUGAUUCGAUUGCUAACAUUUUGAAUGAAGAUUUGAUAAACGUUUCUGAUUGGAUGAAGGCAAACAAAUUAAGCCUAAAUGCUAGCACAACAGAAUACAUGGUUAUCGGUUCUCAUAAAAGGCUUCACCAAACUCAAAGUGAUCCACCAAUCACUUUGGGCAACAAUCAAAUAAAAAGAGUCAAAGUUACAAAAUCACUUGGAUUAAUGAUCGAUGAGACAUUAACUUGGGAUGAACAGGUUACACUAAUUACGAAAAAAGUAAACAAGGGCUUUAAUGUCAUGCGGAGAUUAAGGGAUUUCUUUGACAUAAAAAUAUUAACUACCGUUUAUCAAACUUUAGUACAACCUUAUUUCGAUUAUUGUUCCCAAGUUUGGGGAUGCCUUGGUACCACACUUUGUAAUAAACUUCAGCGAUUACAAAAUAGAGCUGUCCGUAUCAUUACAAAGAGUGGGUACGAAGUUCGAUCUGUAAAUUUACCACACCAACUUGGUCUGCCCAACCUUGAGGAAAGAAGAAAUCAACAACUAAAUACAUUUUUAAAAUGUACAAAGUUAGACACGAAAUGGUCCCUUCUUCGUUAAGUAAUAUGUUUCAAAAAACACACGAGGUCCAUGAACACCAAACGAGACAAGCCAAACAUGAUUUCCUACCAGGCAUUUAGUUAUAGAGGUGCAGUGGCCUGGAAUAAUCUACCAAGUGAAAUUGAAAAUUCUUAAACUGUUAAUAUUUUUAAAGCAAAACUCAAGAUUAUCAAUUGAGAGUACAUUUUAAUAUUGUUAGUAUUUGUUACAUUAGUAAGUAAUAUGUAUGUUGAAUAGUCUAUAUGUAUAUUGUAGAUAGUGUUAUAAGAUAGUUAAACACACGGCCUAUUGGAAGAUCACAUUUUUCUUUUCCUUCUCUUUUAUACAUAAUUAAAUUAAAUAUAAGUAGUUUGUGAAAUAGUACCGUGUUUAAAUAAAGUUUAAUAAUAAAUAAUUAUAAUACUGUAUGCUGUAUAUCAAUUAUGUACAGUACAGUAUGGUAGCUCAUAGUAGUUCAAGUUGCAUCAUAAAUUGUACUCGGAUUCAAACAACACAAUGUCAACGACUUUCUAACGACUUUAUAAAAGUAAAAGCAUAUUGUGUAUUGGGUUUACAAUUUUACAGGUUCAUUUAACUUUAAGCUUUAACUCUCUCAAGUCUCAACAGACAAUCGGACAUGCCAAAUCCAUUGAUAUAUGACAACUUCAAAAAGCUUUUUUUCGAAGCUAGAAAUCAUCAUUUUUUUCAAAUUUUUCCUGGGAUACUUUGUUUUCUGCUCUCUAGACCCCCCCUCGCGGCUCAGUGCUCCACCCCUAGGAUAUAGACCUUUCUGGGGUUUGAUGACACUUUGUGUUGCUUCAGUCACCUGCUCACGGCUCACCCCCCUAAAAUUUCUGGCACCACCCCAGUUAAAAAUAUGAAAAUCCGUCUAUGCUUACCUCUUAACCCAUGAAAUGUUAUUUUGUCUUUACAGAUAUUACCAACACUCCAGAACUGAAAGAUGAG